GGCAAAAUCCCUGACACUCCCAGAAAUUAGAUCAGAGCACAGCCCAGCCCCUUCCUGACGCAGGGAGCAAUUUUGCAGAAGAGGUGUUUCAGUAUUAAUGAAAGAACAUGAAGUCCUCUUGGAUAUUUAUAAUAUAUAUGCUAUGGCUGAAUGGUCAUCAGUGUGCACCAACAAAGCAGGAGGAAAUGAAUCUCCGGGAAAACCUGAAGCAAUUAUCUGAAGUUGGAGAGAAGUAUGUAGAUGAAGAGGUAAAGAAAGCUUUGAUUGGUAUUAAGCAGAUGAAAAUUAUGAUGGAAAGAAAUGAAGAUAAGCACAUAGAUCUGAUGAAAACCUUGAAGAAGAGCAGUGAAGAAAAACAGCAAGCCUUGCGACUUAUGGAUGAAGUAAAGGCAAGAUUGGAAGAAGAAGAAAGACAAUGUCAAGUAGCCUUGAAAAACUUAUGGGAUGAAUGUGAAUCUUGUUUAGAAAGUACCUGCAUGAGAUAUUACACAACUUGCAAGCGUGGUGUGUCAACCUUUAAAAGAAAGGUUGAAGAUUUUUUGAGGAAAAUACCUCCCCUCAUUUUCACUUUUCAUGAGGAUCAAGGAAAAGACAUCCAGUUUAAUGAAAAGUCUGAGAAAGAAGAUACCCAGCUAGUAAAAAUGGAAGAUUUAUUUAGCCAACUAUUAUCAGAUGUGGGCUCAAUAUUUGACAGAAGUUUCAUUUUUUUCAAGCACAUGCAAAAAGAAUUUGACCAGUCUUUUCAGACGUAUUUCAUGUCUGAUCUGGACUUGAAUGAGUCCCCCAGCAUGGCAGCUUUACCUGAGGACACCACCAGAAAUGACAGCUCACAAAAAGGCUGGGCUAUGCCUGGCUUUUUACAGAUAGUUUUUGAUUUCAGUAGGACCGUGUUUGAAGGUGUCAGUGAGGUGAUUACCGAUGUAUUUGAUGAAUACAGAGACUAUAGAAGAGAUUUGCCAGAACAAACCAAAGGCAAGUAUCCUGACAGAAGUGGCAUGUUCUCAAAAAUUGUGCCAGGGCACCAGAGACCUCAGUGCAGGGAGCUUCGGGAGAACUCCUCUGGAUGCCCACAGUUUCAUGAGAGAUGUCAGAAAUGUCAAGACAAUCUUUUGCAUGAUUGCCCAAACGUUCCUGAGCUGCACAUAAAAUUUGAUGAAGCCUUUAAGCUGGUUAACCUCUCAGGGGAGCAGUAUGAGCAGAUUCUCCAGGUGGUUCGGCAUCACACAGAAGACACUUCCUACUUGUUGACCAAAAUGAAAGAAAGAUUUGGGUGGGUGUCUGAGUUAUCCAAUAUGACCAUCGGACCAGAAAGCAUUUUCAAUAUAGUUAAGGUGGUACCUGGGGAUCCCUCCAGUAAAAAUGAAACUGUGGUAGAUGUGAAUAUUCUGACUUCUCCUACUUUCACCAUUAAAGUUCCUCCCAAUUUAGACCCAGAGAGUGCUGAAUUCAUUGAAUAUGUAGCUGGGAAAGCACUGCAACUGUAUAAGCAGAAUUUCUAA